GCAAUUUUUGGCGGCCAGAAAGAACCAUAGAAAGAGCGAGCGAAAAACAAAUAGAAUUUAAAUGUGUAAAUAAAUUGUGUGCACAAUAUAAACCACUGCAGCUUCUAAAAACAAAAAAAGCGAAAGAAAAACGAUUGAAAAUGUCUGCGAGUGCUGCAAAAGUCUACAUUCAGAUUGAGAGCGACGCCGAGCAGCAGGAGCACCUAAAACAGCAACGCAAAACAUUGAAGCCCAUUUUGGGCAACGUCAAUGACAAGGAAAAUAUAACGGGACGCGUCUCCAUCGUGGAUCAACUGAGUCGUUUGAAGGCUGGCGUCAAUGCAACGCCGAAAUAUGGAAAGCGCAAGUGCAUGGAAACGGGCAGCACUGCGCAACUUCAUGACGCGGACACACAGACCGAUGCAACGCCAAAUGACGCUGACAAGCCCAUUACAGUCGAUGACCUGACCAGCGUAUGUGAGGCGGGAGAGAACUACUACAAACGCUUGGCAGAGACCCGACGCGAAGCUCUCGAGACGACGCUGAAAGAGAAUCAGCAUUUGCACGAGCGAAUUGAGGGUCUGGAAGAGGAGAUGGGAACGCUGCGCAAGGAGCUUGACGAGGCUAAAUGUUUGGUUGAAAUGCUCAAGGAAAUUAUCGAUGAAGACCAAAGUGGCGAGGAAGACGAGCAACGGACAGAUGAAGACAACGCAGCCCAAGUCGAAUAGGACUAGUUACUAAUGUGAACUAAAUAUGAAAAAUCCUUAUCUUUAGUCACAUACAUAUAUAUACAUAUAUAAAUAUAGUUUCUCAUGUUAAUUUAUGUUAAUUCAAUGGACUGGUAUACACCAGCGGUAUUUUCUAGUUAAUCGUCAGUUUUUGAUUCAAUAUUAAUAAAUGUAUUCGCUUAUUUGAA